CGCCAAAGAACAGUUAUUCAUUUUCAAAGAAUUGUUGUUCAUUCUUGCCAUUAAACUCUUUAAUCGUCUUUUCUACGUCUGAGUUUCUCCAGGUUGAAAUGGGUUUAGAUCAUUGUUCCCAGUUUGUUUCUCAGAUGUGGAAGAAUGUUUGCUUCUCCAUUGGAGCCAAACUUCAGUUGUCCUCCAGCUUUCAUCUUAAGUUAAAUGGACAACAUGAGAGGAUGAAUCGGGAAAUAAAAAAUAAACUCUACUGUGUUUGUUUAAUCAAUCCCAUUUCCUUGAGCUUUCACUUUCAMUAUUGACCCAUGGUUGAAAAACGCAAAACUCAUCUACAUCAUCKGCUACUGGACUUUGACCUUUUGAGGCAUCCCUCGGGUACCAAUCACUUCUUCCUUACUCCUUCACUGAAGCCAUUCGCCCAUCAGUCCACUACCAGUUUAAACAUUCCCUYAGGGUYUGAAAUUCKAACAAAUUUAUAAUUCAAGUAACUGAGAUUCAAGUAAAACAAAACAUCAUCUGUUUAUUAUUUUAAUGAUUCUAGAAGUAUAAUUUAUCAAUUCACUUKGCUUUCAGUCCUUUCAAGAACCUGUCCUYGUAAACCUAUGAGAGAUCAAAGCCUAUAUUUUUAAUAAAAAGCUUAAAACUGCUUUGUGUUUCUAUAGUUGAAGGUACAAUAGACAAACAUGACAUUUUAUAAAUAUAUCAAAUUAUUAUGCAUUGAAGUUGUUGAAUUACAGUAAAAUCCAAUUUUAAUUAUGUUGUAAAAUCAUACAUAAGCAUUUUUUACUGUUUUAUACUACAUUAUAAAUCUUUGUAAGCUCCUUCAGUUUUCACAUGACAGUAAGACCAAUAAUAGAAGAUAGUAGAUUUUCCGCCAUUUUCACAAUAGCACCCACGCUUCUGCCAAACUGCCCCGGAGGAGCUCUGACUACAAUCUAGUAGYUUACCAUUAUCAAUGAUAAGUUACAAGGUUAUCACAUUCCCAUCCACUAUUGUGUAACUCUGACAAUGGCAAGCUACUAGAUUGUAGCCACAGCUGUCCAUCCACAAAGAUGUACGUGAAUACGAAUGACUGAUUUUAUUGUAAAGUCUAAUGUAAUUUUAUUUCAUUCCAUAGAAUUUCCAACUUGGGCCAGAAUUCUCCUAAUUCUGUCAGUUCUGCUGUUUUUUACGAUUGAAGUGGGCCUUUUGUUUCAUUUUCGACAACAGUUUAUAUCAGUCUACAGGGUGGAGGUGGAUUCAGGAGAGGAGUCUGUUCUGCUGCCAUUUAAAACUGCAGCCCGUCUGCCUGGAGAAGUCAGAGUGAGGUGGAAACACAACAAUAGCAGGAUGGCCUACAUUAAUGACAGGAGCUUAGAUUGUUAUCAACACUGGCUUUAUAAAGGCAGGACGGAGAUUAAAGAGAAAUCAAAAUUUGGAGACUUCAGUUUGACCCUGAAGAAMCCAACAGACAGAGACACAGGAACCUACAGCUGCACCGUCUACAAAGACUCAUCAGAUGAAAUCCUGACCAUGAAGCAGGUGCUGCUGAAGGUCAAAGCUGGAUCCGACUCUCUCAUCAUAUCCAUAGACUUUGGUUYAGGAUUCAGUGGCUACAGCUUCAAUGUUAAACCCAGACAGGAAGGAGGUGAGACCCAGAUAAAGAGAUGGAGUAAUGGACUUGGACUAGACACCCCAAAGACUCCAACCUGCAUCCUGUUUGAUGAACAUGRAGAAUUUAUGAAGUUUGGUUAUGAAGCUAAAACAGCAUUUAAUAAUAUGAGAGGAGGAGAAGCUAAGAAACAUUAUUUCUUUGAAGACUUCAAGUGGAGGAUCCUUAACAUGGCUGGUCUUGUAACAGACGCCACUAAAGACAAACUGAUGUUUGUUCUGSAGUCAGAAGCAGCUUUGACCUGGUGUUUGAAGCUUCAACCUGAUGGUUCCAUCACACAGAACCACAGCAGAGACUCACAGGAUCAACCUGCAGGAGCAGCAGAACCUGAUACCAGCUGUAACGAUCCAGCAGGAGGUCAGGAGGCCGUUCAGUUCACUGUGGAACCAGAAGAAACCAAAGUCCUGCUGGAGACCCAAAGAGACGGGAAACGGUACCUUGUUGUCGACUGUGGAGAUAGAUACAGUCGCUUCACUGUUCAUGAAGUCCUGGAAGGAGGAGACAUGAAGACGCUGCAUGAGGCCUCUGGAAUAUAUUGGGGAGGAAAAUCUGUGGACAGAAAAUUCAAACAGUUCCUGAGAGAAAUCUUCUCUGAUGGAUUCUGGAAUAACUAUGAACAAAACUUCCCCAAUGAGGUUCAGAAGAUGAUGUAUGAUUUUACUCGUCUCAAACAUUUGGAUGAAGAUGUUCAGAUCAGUUGCCCGGGUAACCUGGUCAUGUUGGCUCAGAAACAGAAAGAGAUUGAAAAGUUAUUUGAUUCAGUGGAAGGAGCUUCCUGGGAUGAUGGAUCCAUCAGAAUCUCCAGAGAGAAACUGAGAUCUUUCUAUGAUGAGACUCUGCAGGGAAUCACAAAGAGCCUUAGAGAAAUAUUAAACAAAAAUCUCAACAUUGGGUUUAUUGUGUUAGUGGGAGGAUUGGCUGAGAGCCAGAUUCUACGUCAGCACAUCACUGAUCAGUUUGGACCUCAGUAUAAAGUCCUGKKUCCUCUUAGACCCCAGGAAGUGAUUCUGAAAGGAGCCGUAGAGCUGGGGAGAAACCCAAAGAUGGUGGAGCCUCAGAGGAAACGUCCAGCUUGGCUCAGAUGUUGUUCAUGAGAUUUAAUUUAUUUUUUUGUCUGAAUAAUUCAGACAAUAUGCAUAGCUUUCUUGUGUUUUUGUUUGUUUAUGAUUGAAUAACUUUUUCAUGAUCCAUUUUUUGCUGUUUUGUACCAGAAACCAAUAAAUCAGUUCUACAGACUUCAGUUUGUAAACURAAUUAAAAAUAAAAGUUAAUUUGAUUUAUCCUGGUUCUCCUU